GUUGCCCUUUGACCCGCAGGUCACGCCAUUAUACACACGUCUCACUUCGACGCCCUGGUGGAGGGCGAGCUGCCCAUACCUGAGCACAAGACCAAGGGUUUGACUGAUGUCGAGAAAACGAUCGGUAAACUGAUUGCCGAGAAUCUGGUCGAAGACGGCGCCACUAUGCAGAUGGGUAUCGGCGCCAUUCCCGACGCCGUGUUGGCCGAUCUGACCGGACAUAAGGAUCUGGGCGUUCACUCCGAGAUGUUUUCCGAUGGUGUCGUCGAUCUCUUCAAUUUGGGUGUGAUAACCAAUCGGCACAAAGUGCUCCAGACUGGCCGACUCACCGCCUCGUUCACGAUCGGCACCAAGAAGUUGUUCGACUUCAUGGACGACAACCCCUAUCUGGUGAUGAUGGGCAUCGACUACGUGAACGCCGAGGCAAACAUCGCUAAGAACCCCAAAGUGACGGCCAUUAACUCCUGCAUCGAAGUGGAUCUCGUGGGUCAGGUGUGCUCCGACUCUAUUGGCACCCGU